GGAAGUAUAGCUGCUACUUAGCUCAUCUCAACUCAACUUCUAGCAGUUAAACUUUUACUAACUGUAUUGACGCAUGCAGUAGGCUACUACUCCUGUGUUUUGUAUUUUAUUCAUGCAGAAUAUUUAAUUUGCAAUUUCCAUGCAGAGUGCUGAGAAGUUUUUAUCACGAAGCUAAACUAAGCGGAACGAGUUGUUUGAAGUAAAGUGUUGUGAAAGAACACUGUCAGGAUGCCCCGACCAGGGAGGAACACGUACAGCGACCAGAAACCUCCCUACUCCUAUAUCUCCCUCACCGCCAUGGCCAUCCAGUCCUGCCCGGAGAAGAUGCUCCCUCUCAGCGAGAUCUACAAGUUCAUCAUGGACAGGUUCCCUUACUACAGAGAGAACACUCAGCGGUGGCAGAACUCCUUACGACACAACCUGUCCUUCAACGACUGUUUCAUCAAGAUCCCGCGGCGCCCGGACCAGCCCGGGAAGGGUAGCUUCUGGGCUCUGCACCCCAGCUGCGGGGACAUGUUCGAGAACGGGAGCUUCUUGCGGCGCCGAAAACGGUUCAAGGUGAUGAUGAUGAUGGCGCAGGAGCACCUGGCUCAGUCCAAGCAGUCUGACGCGGCCCAUUACCUCAGGCUCAGUGCCCUGGCUGCCACCGCCACACACCUCCCUCAGAUGUCCAGCUAUAACUUGGGAGUGUCACAGCCAUCAACUUUUAAACACCCAUUUGCUAUAGAGAACAUCAUCGCGAGAGAGUACAAGGUUCCCGGGAGUCUGGCGUUCUCCACCAUGCAGUCCAUGUCUGCGGGCUACCCGCUGCACAACCAGCUGACUGCGGCCUGGCCUCACAUGUACAACACUAUGGUGGACUCUGUUUCUCCUAUCUCUAUGAGCGGUGACUACGGGGCCUACGGCAUGCCCCUUAAAUCUCUGUGUCACGUAGGACAGACCCUACCGGCCAUUCCGGUGCCCAUCAAACCCAACCCGACCCCGGUGGGUCUCUCGGCGGGGCUGACGCCCCACAUAUCCGCCUUCAUUUCGAACUCUCCCCAGUCUCUGAGCCCCACUUCCCCGCAGACAGCCACCAGCCAAAGCAGCCCCCCCACCCCCAGGGAGACUCACACCAACCCGACACUGCAGUCCGUGGCAGUGCACUAACCUUCAGAACUAUACAGAACCCUUUAUGAACUAGACCAGCAGGCUCAGACCAAAUUCAACGUUUAUUUUGACUCUUGCCGCUGACAUCUUUGGACUAGAAUAACUACAAUUAAGGCAAGAGACUUCCGUGUUGCAGUGUAAUCAUUGUGUAUUUUGAUUUCGGUGUUUUGCUUUGAAUGCUAAUUGUCUUCUAACAUGGUUCCAGCAGAGAUAUAGUGAAAUAUUACUGUUCAACUUAAAAGGUAUUCGUUUGGUCAGUUUUGUCAGUGUGGCAAUGCAAACAGCGGCUCAGUCAGACACAUGAGAGAGAGAGUUACUUUUAUUUAAAUUAUUAUUCCGUUUCAGCGUAGAUUAUUAUAAUAAUAAUAUGC